ACUCUGACGGGAAACUAAAGGAAGAUAUGCAGAUGCUUUUUUUUGCGAUGACCUUGUUCCAUUUCCUGCCACUUCGGCAUGGAAACAGCGCCAUCGGUAUUCGCCAAACCUCCUCGCACCGUCUGGUCUGAACCGGUUCGGGAUGUGCGCAGUCUCGUGCGCAGUGCAGACGCCACGCACUGACUCAACGCACUGAGUCCACGCAGCGCCCCGCGGCCUCCUCAGGCCCCGCCCUCAUUGGUCGGAAGGCUCGCGUCCCGCCCACAUCUUCCGCGUGCCGUGUGGACAAUAGGGACGCUUUCGAUUUGCGAUUGGUCCGCGACACUCCAAAACUUUUAUUUUGGGGCAGACCCCGUAUGUUGUGCACGGGCACGCAGAGAAGUGGAGUUGUAAACGAAGCUCGUGCACGUUUCAGCACCAAAACGCGUGGACAGCAGCCAACCGGAGGGGCCGUCGUUGUGGGCUAGCUUAUUGUACUUAAGCGACGAGUCUGCGGUCUGCAACGCCAUACCGGUGCGAUCGCGGGAAAAAACUUCCUCGGUAGUUUUGAGUCGGAACAGCGACAUUAUUCAGCGGCACGUCAUUGGCUUUGUUCGCCGCGGCGAGCAAGUAGUGCCGAGAGCUGGACAACGGCAGGAAAGAGACGCGCUCCUCCGGGUAAACAGACCGUUAUUCUCGGCUCCGCUCGUGUCAAAUUAGCGCCGCCCGGUUCAGCUAACUGCACCGCGGGGAGACUAGCUACAUGGCUGCAGAUGAUGGCGCCCGAAGCUGAUACAGAACAGUCCUAGCCGGAUCGGUCCAGACCACGGUCGAGCCCGUAGUCCUGUUUUUAGCCACAUCACAACCCGCUCGUGCUGCUAGCCACCGAGCUCUCCAUUGUGUGAGCCGGAUCACCACACACACACACACACACACACACACACACACCUGCCGCCUCGACACAGCUACAACUGGCUGGUUUUUUAUUUAGUUAUUUUUUACAUUUUUUUGUACAUUCUCCACGUAUCCAAACAUGUGUUCCCGGGUUUGGUUCGUGACCGACUGCCGCAUCAACCAGGAAUACCCUCAGGUCCAGAUCCUCCGGGCUCUGAAGGAGCGCUGCACCGACGAAGACGUGGAGUUCCGCUCUCUCCUCAUGGAUCAAAUCGUGCUGACGAUCAGCGAGGGACAAUUAGGUCUGCGAGUGGAGCAGGAAUUUGUGACCUCUUAUCCUCAGGUGGUGGUGGUACGGGUGCCCACGCCCUGGGUGCAGUCAGAUAGUGACAUCACCGUGCUGCGCCACCUGGAGAAGAUGGGCUGCCGGCUGAUCAACCGUCCCCAGGCCAUACUCAACUGUGUCAACAAGUUCUGGACCUUUCAGGAGCUGGCCGGCCAUGGCGUGCCUCUCCCGGACACCUACUCAUACGGAGGGCAUGACAACUUCCGUAAGAUGAUUGACGAGGCAGAGCCACUGGGCUACCCUGUGGUGGUGAAGAAUGCACGUGGCCACAGAGGCAAGGCUGUUUUCCUGGCACGAGACAAACACCACCUGACAGACCUGUGCCACUUAAUCCGCCACGAUACGCCCUACUUGUUUCAAGAGUACGUCAAAGAGUCGCAUGGCCGCGAUGUCCGGGUGGUUCUGGUGGGCGGACGGGUCAUCGGCUCGAUGCUCCGCUGCUCCACUGAUGGUCGCAUGCAGAGCAACUGCUCCCUGGGUGGCAUUGGUAUGAUGUGCCCACUGAGCGAGCAGGGGAAGCAGCUGGCCAUGGAGGUGUCUAACAUCCUGGGCAUGGAUGUGUGCGGCAUUGACCUGCUGCAGCUCAACAACGGCUCAUUUGUGGUCUGUGAGGCCAACGCCAACGUGGGCUUCAUCGCCUUCGACCAGGCCUGUGGCAUGGAUGUAGCGGGCAUCGUCGCUGACUACGCCCUGUCGAUGCUCCCCAGCCGCCUCACCCGUAAGAUGUCCCUGCUGUCCGUGGUGUCGAGCACCAGCGAGACCAGCAGCGAGCCAGAGGUGUGCCCCGUGCCCACCAGCGGGGGCUCGCUGCCCGAGGCCGUCUGCAACAUGAGCGUGGGUUCUACUUCCAGCGAAAGUGACCCCGAGCUGGCCGAGCCCUCCCAGUCCUCACCCUGCAAGUCCACAGCCGCCGCCCUCCCCGGUCUCCCUGAUCCAGCCUACAACUUCAACACUCAUCUCGCCAAGGAAAUGACAUUAUUGACUAAGUAAGAUUUCGAGCAGCUUCACGUACACACAGAAACACCACAAAUACAUAUUGAACACACGCCAACACACCUGUACGCAUGCCAACAGACAUUCCUUUUUAAAACGCAUAUCAAUCCAAAAACAAUUAAACAUUGUCUGUUGAAUACACAACAUGAGCGGUGAAAAAGAACCCCCCCACACACACACACACACACACACACACACACAACCAGAGAAAAACAAACAUGAGCCUUCUCAUACUAACUCCCGUCAAAAGUAACAAAGAUCUGAGGCUGCUCCCCUGACUCACUUUGCACCUCUACUCCCAAAUUGCAAACCCCAUUAUCCAAACUUAGCUCACACGGUGGCGGCAUGGUGGGGGGAUAUACUCUUUGAGAUAACUGCCAAAUGGGCCUAUUCUAGUUUCUAUUUUGCAAAAUAGUGAGGGUAACGGUAACUAUGCUCUUUCGAUGGGUGUGGGAUUCCCAUAAAGGCACCUGCUAUAUCUUUAUCCUUACUUUAUCAUAUUAUUUAAAGGGGAAUCUACAGUAUGUUGUGAUUUUAAAAAAACAAAAAAAAGUGGCGGGGUUUCCUGUGGAGACUAGCACGGUUUGGUGGAUUUUAGGCAAAAUGAAGGUUUUUUUUCUCUUUUUUGUUCAGGUGAUUAGCUCGUUGGGAGAGGAAUACAUCCUCAUGCGAGGCACAUUAUACAGACAGUUCCAAUAUAGCAAUGUAGUACUCUUUUGAAGGAUACAUAACGGGAUCGGAUCCUCAGCAACUGGAGAUGGAGGAAUUUUAUGUCACAUUUACUGCUCUUCAUAAUAACUGAAAUGAGACUUGAAUUCACGACACAUGUCACAUGUUGUAAAUUCAACUACAACAGAAUGUAUACACAACGUUUUAUCACUCCGAUAAACUAAAUUAUCAAUCUUGAUUGGCUCAUAUUUAAAUGUAGCCAGAGCUUCUACGGUCACAGUUAAUAGGAGGCUGCCUCUGUGCUGUCACAAUGGUUUCCCGUUCAUGCGCUGAUAAGAAUACCAUCCAGCCGGAGCGCCAGAAUCCUCCCGGGUGCUAACACGGUGUCCGUUCACUGUGACUGAAGCGGGCUCAUAUAAAUGUCAACAAAGCUGCACUUACCGGUGCGACGGAGGAGAAAUAACAAAUUGCCGUUCUGUUUUCGAGUCACAUCCCGAACGAAAAUAUGAAUUGAGUGCCAUGACUCAAAUUCUACGUUUUUAAUUCUUAGAUAGCUCGUUUGAUUAGCCUUACCAGCAGCAGCAGUCUGCGGCUUUUACAAAUUUAUUUCAAUAGCACUUUAUGAUAAGCAGAUGCAUUUUUUUUGUUUUUGUCACUCAGAUGGCAUAUUUAGGAAACACAAGACAGUGGGAAAGCUGCGUCUAUACAUGCGAACAAAAAAUACCUCAAAACAGUGACGUUUCACUGCCAUAACGACAUAGAUAUUCCAGUACAUAUCAGCCAGGAUGCUUGUGGUUUUCAAAUGGCCCCUGAUUUACCAGGUGUUCCUUCUCUUUAUGUCCAUGAGCUAAAAGGGUAGUAGUGUCAUUAAUAUUUUAAUUUUUUUGCUUUUUGUAAAUAUUUAGGUCGUGAAUUAGUUUCAGUGCAUACAAGUAUCCAGCGGAUGAAACUGGAACAGCUGACAUAACUGCCAACUUUGACAUUUUCUAAAGCUAAUGUGGACAAACUUGUUUGUACAGACCUGCAAUAUCAAAAGGUUGAAACUGAAAAUUGGUGCUAACAUUUCUGGAUCUGGUGAGAUGUAUUUUCAUAGUCAUAUGAUUUGUAGAUUUUACUUUUGUUGUUUUCAUCUUAUUUUUUGAUAACAAUGAAGUACCUAACCCACAAAUUCUGUUGGCAUGAUGUACAAAUAAAAAAAAAUGGGAACUAUAUUUUUGCAGUCUCUUUGAUUAGAAUGUUAUGUUUUCUUUUCUUAUUAAAGAAAAAAAAGAAAUCCAGGGAUUUCAGUGGCCAAGAGCGUAUUGCUUCUGGUUUUGUUCUCUCCUGGUUGUUUUACACCUGAGGAGAUAACUAUCAACAUAGAGGUAGGGCAUGCUGGUGUAAAUGUCAUCCAGUCAGAAGAAUAAUUUACAGCUCUGAUCAAAAGCACAAAUUCUUCAGUUCUAUGUUGUUAUACUCCGAACCCUUUCUGUUCAACACAACUCAGGGAAGCAGCCUGGAUCUCACCCCUGACCCCCAAAAGCACGUCAAAAAACAUGACACAUACCCACAGCCAGACAAAAAGACACACAAACAACGGAAAAAAGGUUGUAAAACUACAGUAUAUGACGAUGUGGUGUAUACCAUGGUUAACAUUCACUUUUUUUCCUUGCUUGUUUUAUAUUGUUCUUUGUUUUCUUCCUAAUUUAUAGAAUUUUUAAAAGUGGGUUUUGUGCACUAAUGUCUCAAUAAAGUGAAACCGCUGUGAAGCUUGAA